GAUUGUGGUUCAGUGCUGAAUUGCCUUCUGGAGGCACAGUUACUCAACGAAUACUACAAGCAAAGUCACUCGUUACUCAAUCCUUGCACAAGGCAAUCGACCACGGACCGUUCAGUUUUCAGUUUCGCGCCAAGCCUUCCGCGGAACGCAUCGCAGUGCACAGGACCACAGACCAGACAGAUCGAUGCGGCAGAUAACCUUUAUGUUUUUGUUUACAUCAGUCUGACAGCUUCAAAAUUCCGGUAUCGGAUUUAUCUGAUCCCAUCGAAAUUCUAGGUAUUUAUGUGUCGGACAGUCAUUAUAGGUUAUAUCAACGGAAGUGCAAUGUUGUCUCACAUAAUUUUUACGAUUUUUAUCGCUUUGUUUUCUUCGAAUUGUGUUGAAAGUUUGGAGAAUGGUUUGGCGAGAACACCGCCGAUGGGCUGGCUGGCUUGGGAAAGGUUCAGAUGUAAUACUGAUUGCAAAAAUGACCCUGACAACUGCAUAAGUGAAAAUUUGUUUCGAACAAUGGCAGACAUUCUAGUCAACGAAGGCUAUGCCGCAGUCGGUUACAAUUACAUAAAUGUCGACGACUGUUGGCUUGAAAAAGAAAGAAACCGAUAUGGUCAACUUGUUCCCGACAAACAGAGAUUUCCCAGAGGCAUGAAAUCUUUAGCAGACUACGUCCAUUCGAAAGGUUUAAAAUUUGGCAUAUACGAGGAUUUUGGUAACUACACUUGUGCUGGAUAUCCUGGUGUUUUGGGCUACCUUCAGAACGACGCUGAACUUUUUGCUUCUUGGGACGUGGACUAUGUCAAACUGGAUGGAUGUUACGCCCAUCCAUCCGAAAUGGACCACGGUUACCCAGAAUUCGGUUUUCACCUCAACAGAACCGGCAGACCCAUGAUCUACUCCUGCAGUUGGCCUGUAUAUCAAAUUUAUGCAGGUAUGCAGCCUAAUUUCACUUCCAUAAUUCAACAUUGUAAUUUGUGGAGAAACUACGACGAUAUUCAAGACUCCUGGUCCAGUGUAGAAAGUAUAAUAGAUUAUUUUGGAAAUAAUCAAGAUGUUAUUGUGCCAAAUGCAGGACCUGGUCAUUGGAAUGAUCCAGAUAUGUUAAUCGUUGGCAACUUUGGACUCAGCUAUGAACAGAGCAAGACUCAGAUGGCCAUAUGGGCAAUUAUAGCAGCACCCCUACUCAUGUCAGUUGAUCUCAGAACCAUAAGGCCAGAAUACAAGGCCAUCUUACAAAACAAAAAAAUCAUAGCAAUAGACCAAGAUCCUCUUGGUAUCCAAGGAAGAAGGAUUUAUAAGCAUAAAGGAAUAGAAAUAUGGUCUAGACCGAUCACUCCACUCUUCCAAAACUACUUCUCCUAUGGCAUAGCUUUCGUAAACAAGAGAACAGAUGGUACUCCUUCUGAUGUAGCAGUGACACUUAAGGAACUUGGACUUACUUCUCCUACAGGGUAUCAAGUAGAGGAUCUGUACGAAGAUGUGAACUAUGGUAUAUUAUCUCCACAAACAAAGAUAAAAGUCAAAGUCAACCCUUCAGGUGUUGUGAUUCUCAGAGCAGACGUCCAACCUGACUUCAACAACAGGCGAGUUCCAUUCUACACCACCCAGAGGACAAUCUUCGACCCUUUGACUCAAGUGUUUAGGGUUAGGAGUAACAAUGAAUUUUAGAUUUUUAAAGUCUAUUACGUCAUAAGUUGUGUAUAUAUGAUUUUUUUAAAUUAUACCAUACUUUUAAGUGAACCUUGUGAAAAAUAUUUAUUCUUAAUUUCUCUAGUUGCAACUGUGAGAUUCAGGAAUAUGAUGAAAAUCUAGUGAUUUUAAUGGUGAUACCUAGAAAUGUAGGCAUAUCAUAUAAAAUAGGAAAAUAUGGGCAAUUCUCAUUUACAUCAGCAAAGUAGAAAUUCAUCAUGUUAUAUAUUUGUGUUGCGCCUCUUUUAUUUGUUAAAUAAAUAUUUCUUUUAUGUAUGGUUUUAGAAUAUUAUGGAAAAAAAUUAUCAGAGAUCAAAAUAUAGGUGAUAUAGCAAUAUUUUAUUAUAUUCAUCAGUGUCAUUAGAUUUCCAUUUAAUUUAUUUUCUUAUUUCUUGAAGAACUGUUCAAGAUGGUUAUAAAAUUUAGAUAUAAAUUGUUUGAAAGUUGAAAUCCCACAGUUUUUUCAUCUUUUUCUUAUCAUGUUACACUGUUCCACUUCCUUUGUAAUACAAGCAAGUUACUCAUAGUAACAUUGACACAUAAUGCUCUGUACUUCAGGUAAUAUAAAAGAUUUCUAUUUUGUGUAGAAAGAGAGGGGAAUCAACUUCAACAUAGGAGUGAGACAACACAUCUUUGCAUCAGCUGACUGGAAUCGCAACAUAGUUUCGAUUCACUAGAUAUUUAAAUAAUCGAUACUGUUCUAUCAUUGGUUAGAAUUCAAACUACUUUACUUUAUCCUUCAUGAUCACGUGACUGGAGUAUCAACCUCUCUCUUUUUAAUGUUGUAGUCAUUGUUCUGAACUGCUCAAUCGCUAAUAAGUGGUGCAGUUGACCCUAAGUGAAUUCUUCAUGUUUAUGGGAUUUAACUAUUCAGGAAUUGUUUUUCUGAUGUAUAAUAGAAAUAAAUAUUUUCUCACUUU